CCCUUCUAUUUCCCUUCCACCCACACACACAAACUCACAUACCGACAAACAAAUUAGAUGCACACUGCAAUGAUCACCGACAUUAACAAUGUACCUAUUGACCAAGCCUUGAAGGAGAAUGGCUAUGUUAUUGUGGAUGGCCUCAUUCCCGAUGCUAUGGUGCAACGCUUGAAGGAUGCUUGCGAGCGCAGCAUCAACAAGGCCCGAACCGGACAGUGGAAGCAUUGCCGCUUUGUUGGCACCCAAUUCCCCCCAUGGACCGAAGGUACUGAUGUGUGGGGCGUGCAGCAUCUUUUGCAUCCUGAUCUGCAGGAAACCGUCUUUGCCGAGUGGUAUGGUUCGCCAAAGCUUGUUGAAGCUGUGUGCCAGCUCCUGAGCACCACUACCGACAGCCUGCAAAUGGAGUUGUUCAAUCUUCUUAUUAAUCCCGAAGAACGUGAUUUCGACUUAACAUGGCACCGCGACGCUGUUCCUGCUGAAACACCCAAGGAGCAAGAAAAGGAAAAGCUCGAGAUUCCUCAUUACGGCACGCAAUGGAACACUGCACUUUAUGACGACGCGUGUUUGUUCGUGGUACCAAAAUCACACCGCCGUGUCCGAACAUCGGAGGAGCGAGAUAUUACCAUCAAUGAUCCCAAGAGCCACAACAUGCCCGGUCAACUACAAGUGCACUUGAAGCCUGGACAGACCGUCUUUUAUGACAACAACAUUUUGCACCGUGCUGCUUACUUCAAGUCGUCGAAGCGCGCCACAUUGCAUGCUUCCAUGGGAACCAUCGACGGCGGUCAUCACCGCGCUGCCACUAUUUUCCAACAUGGUUUGGAUUGGAUGGAUACUGACGCUUUCCGCCAACAAUUGCCUGAAUCCCUCAAAACUCCUUACUCUAACGUCUGUGCCAUGGCUGCUCGUUCCAAUGAAGGCAAAUUUGCCGUAAAGCCAAUUCAUGAGGGAUUGUAAAUAUAAAACACCCAUUUUUUAUAUCUUUUUUCCUUUUUUUCCCUUAUAGCAUAAGUAGUAAACAAAGUUGUAGUAUCUGUAAUCAUGGUAAUAUAAUAACACAGUCGAGCAGAGCAAUGAUGAGUUUCUUUUUUACAUAUAUGUGCGGUAGUGAUGGUGGUCGUAGUAGGUCGGUUUGGCUUGGUUUAAAAGGCAUAGUCUAAUUCUCCUUCAGAGCUAUCUUCGUCCGGGCUAGAUAAUAUAUGCAAGUUUGAUUUAUGUAAAAGAUGAUAAAAGAGAUUUAGUUGAUGAAGAAAGCAAGAUCCAAAAAGUACUCCCGUAACCACGUUUCUCAACUUACACAUCACCUAGCGCGACUUGGAG